CCGCAUUUUACCCUCAAAACUCAUGGGUGCCAAAGCUACCUUCUUUCUUUUCUUCACCUUCUUUGCUUUAUGCUCAUCCUUCCCAGUGGAGAGGAACUAUGUACCCUGCAAACACCUGGUCCUCUUCUUCCACGACAUCAUCUACAACGGAAGGAACGCUCUGAAUGCAACCUCCGCAAUAGUAGCAGCUCCACAAGGUGCCAACCUAACCAAACUGGCAAACAUCUUCCACUUCGGAAAUCUAGUAGUUUUCGAUGACCCCGUCACCUUGGACAACAACCUUCAGUCCGAACCUGUUGGUCGGGCACAGGGCUUCUACAUUUACGACUCCAGGAACACUUUCUCUGCGUGCCUCGGAUUCACCUUUGUUCUCAAUAGCACACAUCAUGAGGGAACCAUCACCCUCGCUGGAGCUGACCCCACCUUGAAGAAGACCAGAGACAUCUCAGUCACCGGUGGAACUGGAGAUUUCUUCAUGCAUAGAGGAAUCGCCACCAUUAUGACGGAUGCUUUUGAAGGUGAGGUUUAUUUCCGCCUUCGUGUUGAAAUCAAGUUUUAUGAGUGUUGGUGACACAUAUACACACACACAAAGUUACAUUACGGUAAAUAAAUGUGGCUGUUUCUGUCAACAGCCUCCUCUACUUACUGUUAUUAUUAUAUUAAAUAAAUAUGGCUGUUUGUGUCUACAGCUUAUUCUGAUACUAUGUGGUUUGCUUGUUGUAAUAACGUUAUUGGUUCUCAGUUCGAGACAAUGCGUACUAUAUAUGAAAAUCCUUUCAGCGUGUUUAUCCUCCUCAAAAGUCAAUA